AUGUCCGCCCCGCCUCCGCCAAAUGGCGAUGCCAAUUCAUCCUCCACCGACGACAAGAAGUCAAACCCACUGCUGAAGCGAGUCGACCUCGAUGGACACGACCUUCCUCCCUCACCAGCCCCGUCUAGUCCCCGAAACGGACGUCGCAGAUAUGCCCUGGCCACUGAGCUAGUAUACACUGACAGCAAAGAUCAAUAUGGUGCCUCCAGCAUACCCAUUUACCAGUCAGCUACCUUCAAACAGACCAGCGCAAGCGGCGGACAGGCUGAGUAUGAUUACACUCGAUCUGGAAAUCCUACCCGAACCCAUUUAGAACGCCAUCUUGCCAAGAUUAUGAAUGCCAAUCGUGCCCUAGCCAUCAGCUCUGGCAUGGGUGCACUCGAUGUGAUCACCCGUCUACUGCGGCCAGGCGACGAGGUCAUCACCGGUGAUGAUCUUUACGGUGGUACUCACAGACUGUUGACGUACCUGGCAAGUAACCAGGGAAUCAUUGUUCAUCAUGUCGACACGACCGACGCCGAGACGGUCAAGGCACGCAUUUCGGACAAAACUGCCAUGGUCCUCCUCGAAACGCCUACAAACCCUCUUAUCAAGAUUGUUGAUAUCCCAACAAUUGCCCGGAACGCCCACGAAGCAAAUGAGAAGGCCCUUGUUGUUGUUGAUAACACAAUGCUCUCCCCAAUGCUUUUAAACCCCCUCGACCUCGGUGCUGACAUCGUUUACGAGUCAGGCACCAAGUAUCUCUCAGGUCAUCACGACAUCAUGGCUGGUGUGAUUGCAGUGAAUGAUGUUGAGAUUGGUAACAAACUAUUCUUCACUAUCAACUCAACUGGCUGCGGUCUGUCGCCCAAUGACUCAUUCCUUCUCAUGAGAGGAGUCAAGACUCUUGCCAUUCGUAUGGAGAAGCAACAGACCAAUGCCCAGGCUAUUGCUGAAUUCCUCGAAUCGCACGGAUUCCGAGUUCGAUAUCCUGGACUCAAAAGUCAUCCUCAGUAUGACCUACACUGGUCAAUGGCCCGUGGCGCUGGCGCUGUCCUGUCCUUCGAAACCGGUGACCCAACAGUAUCCCAACGAAUUGUCGAAGCGGCAAGAUUGUGGGCCAUCAGCGUCAGUUUUGGUUGUGUCAACAGUCUCAUUAGCAUGCCUUGCCAGAUGAGCCAUGCUAGCAUUGAUGCCAAGACAAGAAGAGAAAGACAGAUGCCGGAGGAUAUCAUUCGUCUAUGCGUCGGUAUCGAAGAUCCUGCUGACUUGAUUGACGAUUUGUCCCGCGCUCUGGUUCAAGCUGGUGCCGUAAAAGUGACUUUGGACGGUUUUCAUGCGACAGGUGCUGCUGAAGAGCUUGGACGAACUCCACGCCCAGCCAACUGA